AUGCUUUGGACAGAUGUUUUGGAGAGAAGCAUCUCGAUUUUCAUAUCGACAGGCUGCAAAGAUGCUGCAACACUUGCGCCUUCCCCUGCACGGCUAAUCGCAGAAGACAUGUUGGGCCUGAUGGAAGAUUUGCUCUCGGAGUCGAUCGACAUUGGCACCCAGACCGUGGCGAAGGUGGUGAUGUGCAUCAACCAUUGCAAACUGAAUCGGUGCUCGCUUACCAAGCUUCAGCAGCAGUGGAUGUCCCCGUCGGUCAGAAUCCUGCUAAGUCGGCCCAGCUUGCGAGAGCGUACGAUGGAAGGACCUGCAGAUCCUUUGGCGAACUGA